UGAUAUACACUGAUAUAUAUGAUCUAAGGCUUGAUCGGGCUCGAAUCUAUCGUAAAAGAUGGCGGCGCUAACAAAACUUGGCAGAGUUUUGUGUGCACUUUCUGUGAAAAAUAAUAUUUAUUCAUAUAAUAUCGCGAGGCAUGUACAUUACCGGGACUGGCAACCUGGUCCAUGCCCACAAACGGAAGAGGAACGUAUCAAAGCAGCAAAGAAAUAUAAUCUUGUACCAGAAGAUUACAGAAUUCCUAAAGAUAAAGAUAAUGUUUAUGGUGACUAUCCUGAUUUGCCAUUUAUAGGACAGGCGUUAAAAGAUCCUUAUUACCCAUGGGACAGUCCAGAAUACAGGAGAAAUUUUAAUGAAACUGUGAAUAUGGACUUUGACAUAUGUGAUGAUCGUAAACUUGAUCCUGGUAAAAGGACACGAUUCUCAAUACUUUACAUGUUUUCAACUACUUUUUGUGUUUUUGGAUCAAUAUACCUAUUGUAUUUGUUGGGAAUGAAGUAUCCUUCCGUGAUACCAGUGACGGAAAAGCAGAUCCCUAAACCAGGUGUAACACAUUAUACAUUUGAACCACUUGAAUAAUUAAUGUGAGAAUGCAGUAAUGUUAAUCAAAUAUAAACAAAUAAAGGGUAGUAAUAUGCA